AUGAUCCCAGGGAUCAAUCCUCCAUUUGUUUACCUGGCGAAAACCAUCGGCGCGUCCGUCGAUGAAUUGAAGCUUCUCGCCGCCUUCCUCGCAAGCUAUCCACUGGCUGGGCUGUUGAAACGGAUACCGGACAACAAACCACAUUGGCGGAACGCGUAUAUCGUCGCGGUUUCGCUCUUCUAUCUGAUCGGCCUUUUCGAUUUGUAUGAUGGCGUCCGCACCUUAUUGUACAGCUCCGUGGGGGCGUACGCAAUAGCAUAUUACAUUGAUGGCUCUUUGAUGCCAUGGAUCGCCUUCUUGUUCCUCAUGGGGCAUUUGUCUAUCAACCACAUACAGCGGCAGAUACUCAAUGACCCAAGCGUGGUGGACAUAACUGGAGGACAGAUGGUUCUGGUGAUGAAGCUCAGCGCGUUCUGCUGGAACGUCCACGAUGGACGCCUGAAACCGGAGCUUAUGACGGACAGCCAGAAAGAGAGGGCCAUUUACAAAAUGCCCAAUCUGCUCGAUUACGCCGGUUACGUUUUCUUUUUCCCUUCACUGUUUGCCGGACCAGCCUUCGACUUUGUGGAUUAUCAGCGAUUUAUCGAGACCACCAUGUUUGAAGUGCCCCCUGGCACAAAAACACCUCCACCAACCAGAGGCAACCGACGGAUACCGCGAUCAGGCCGACCUGCGGCACGGAAGGCUGUGGCUGGACUCUGCUGGAUCCUGCUUUUUCUCCAGUUUGGUAAAUGGUACAACGUCCCCUUGACCCUGUCCGACAAAUACAUGGAGUAUUCUUUUAUCCGCCGCGUCUGGAUUUUGCAAAUGCUGGGCUUUACAUCCAGACUAAAGUACUACGGCGUCUGGGCGUUGACGGAGGGAGCAUGCAUCAUGGCCGGGAUCGGCUACAACGGAAUUGAUCCAGUCACAAGCAAAGCAAGAUGGGAUCGCACCGAAAAUGUCAACCCCUGGGGUCUGGAGACUGCUCAAAACUCGCGAGCAUAUCUGGACAAUUGGAACAAGAACACCAACAAAUGGCUUCGCAAUUAUAUCUACCUUCGCGUGACGCCUAAGGGUAAAAAGCCUGGGUUCCGCGCCACUUUGGCGACGUUUUUGACCUCGGCGUUUUGGCAUGGCUUUUAUCCAGGGUAUUACUUGACCUUCUUGAUGGGGGCGUUCAUUCAGACAGUGGCCAAGAAUUGCCGACGAUACUUCCGACCAUUCUUCCUUACCCCGGACGGAUCCAAGCCUACCAAGUACAAGAUCUAUUAUGACAUCGCCAGCUACAUCGCCACUCAGUUGGCGUUUUGUUUCACCACCGCACCGUUCGUCAUCCUCUUUUUCGGUGACUCCCUGAAAGUAUGGGCACGAGUAUAUUUCUACGGAUUGGUGGGAGUUUUGCUGUCUAUGGCCUUCUUCGCUUCUCCAGCAAAGGGCUAUCUCAAGAAAAGACUGGCGAAGCGGAACUAUCCUUACGUGCAAAAGACCGUGGCUCAAGAAACAAACUAUCCUCCAUCUCUGGGUAUUCCUAGUGAUCCUGGACGUGAAAUUGACGAGGCCAUUGAUGAGAUUCGUCAAGAAGUCGAGGCUCGUAGGAGACGAGGAAGUUCAGUCACCAUGCCGACCGGGGAGGGUUUGAAGCGCGCCGUCGAGGCAAGGGUGGGAAGAAAUAUUAGUUUUCCAGAGUUGAAGUUGGGCUCGACUGCGGCGGCUAACACCACUGCAAGUGCUGGUGCGAGUGAACCACAGGUUGGAACCGAAGGGGCAGGAUUGACGCCGAACGACAAGAAGUUGCAGUGA